AAAAGAAAUUAAAAAAAACUCUCCCAAAGCCUGUCUCUCUCGUCCUCCCUCUCUAUAUAUCCAUCAUAGCAAACACUCUUUCUCCCUCUUAGAACUUGGGAAACAAAAUGGGUCAGGGAACUCCGGGCGGUUUGAACCGGCAAGGCCUACCGGGCGACCGAAAGCCCAACGGCAACGACAAGAAGGAGAAGAAGUUCGAGCCGGUGGCUCCGCCGGCCCGAGUGGGCCUCAAGCAGCGGAAACAGAAGGGUCCAGAAGCGGCGGCGAGGCUUCCGACGGUGACGCCGCUGACCAAGUGCAAGCUCUGGCUACUGAAGCUGGAGCGGAUUAAGGAUUACCUGCUUAUGGAGGAGGAGUUUGUGACGAACCAGGAGUGGCUGAAGCCUGAGGAGGAGAAGGCCGAGGAGGACAGAUCUAAGGUCGACGAUCUACGUGCCUCACCCAUGAGUGUCGGCAAUCUCGAGGAGCUGAUCGACGAGAACCACGCGAUUGUUUCGUCGACGGUAGGGCCCGAGUACUAUGUGGAGGUCCUCUCCUUUGUCGAUAAGGACCAGUUGGAGCCUGGGUGCGCCAUUUUGAUGCACAAUAAGCUUAAUCUUGGUGUGGAUGAGAGUAUACUCUGUUUGUAUUGAAGAAAGAUGGGAAAGCUAUUGUUGGGGAGGCCACCAUUGAGGCAAACACGGUGUAUGGUGCGUUGCGGGGGUUAGAGACUUUCAGCCAAUUGUGUACUUUUGACUAUGAAACUAAAUCCAUGCAAGUACAUAAGUCACCAUGGAACAUACGAGACAAACCAAGGUUUGCAUAUCGAGGGCUUUUGCUUGGUGCAACUAUAGUUCAUGGAGUUCAAAACUUGUGGGUUUCACAACCCCCUCCAAAUAUUCAAUAUGCAGCUAUAGUGAUUGGUGGUUCGUUUAUUAUUGAAGGCACUUCUCUUCUUGUUGCCAUACAAGCUGUCAAGAAUGGUCCUGCUGCUGA